GAUUGAUUGUCAAAUUAUGAACAAACGAUCUGUCAAAGAUGAUGUUACAUUAUCUAGAGCUCCAAAACAAAAUAAAACUUCUUCUUAUAGUACAAAUGAAGUGAAGGCAUCCUGGCAGCAUUAUUUUGAAGAUGGACGACAAGCAUUCGCGACCUCACAAUACAAAGAAGCAGUGGAUUACUUUACACGAGCAAUCAAUUUGCAACCCUCUCAUAUUACCUUACUGGAUAGUCGCUCAGCCGCACUGGAGAAGUUGAAGGAUUGGGAAGCAGCUAUUAAAGAUGCCAAGGCUGUCGUCAAGCUUUCGCCGUGUGUAUCCAAAGGUUACCUCCGUCUUGGUAAACUUCUAUGUUUACAGCAACGAUUUUCUUUAGCACUACAAGCCUAUCGACGUGGUUGUGAAAAGGUGACUACAACAGAUACAAGAUAUCCAUUAUUAGUCUCUCUGAAAUCCGACAUGGAAAACAAAAUCAAGUUGAAUUCUCAAAAGAUGCAUGGCCAACGAGACCCUAUCAAGAUCCUACCGUACGAUGUAUUGGACCUUAUAUUUACUCAACUUCCUUUCCACCGACGUGUGGCCUGUAUGCAAGUCAGCAAGCAUUGGCAACGAUUUUUACUAGGUUGGUCUGGUAUGUGGCGCGACAUGGAUUUUAUCACGGGAGCCACCAAACAUAAUGCUGUGUCUCGUCAUACAUUGAAACGUUAUUUCUCAUACAAUUGCGGUCGUCACCUUCGUCGAUUCUCACUCUCUGCAAAUAACACCAAGACGGAUUAUGCUCUACAACUAUUAGUAAAUCAAGGUUGUCAAUAUGUAGAAUACCUUGGACUGGCUGAUACAAAAUUUGACUUGAUGGUGUUCAAUCGCGCUUUACGAUUGAUAGGAAAUCAUUUGACUCAUCUUUACUUGGAUGGAUGUGGUCACGCUCUUAAUCAUAUUUAUUUACAACUAUCAACGCUAUGUCCAAAUCUUACCCAUUUUUAUUAUGAAUCAACUCCAGAACCCACACGCUUUGAAUCACAGGAUCGUGCCCUCUUCCGCGAUAUACCCAACAACAAACAUUUGAAACGACUUUAUCUAGUAACAGAUAUGACUUUGGAAGAUGUGGAUCUUGUCCUUUUGUCAUGUCCCAAUCUCACCCAUUUGAUUCUACCUCGUACUCUGGAUAUUUUGGAACAUCGCCUUCGUAUUCAAUCAUUACCCCAUCUACAGCUUUAUCACGUCGGUACUCUGUUAUCGCCCAAACUAUAUACUUGGCAACCAUACGCAUUGGACGACAAUGAAUCCUCACGAAAAGGUUUAUCCGAAUUCACCGUGAUGCAUUCGAUCUUAAAGGAUGAGGAGUUUUUACCGAUUAUAGAAGCACACCGUACUACCCUUGGCGUGAUCAAUCUCAGUUACUCAAGACUAAAUAGUAAUGCAUGGUGCUCACUUUUGACUAGUGUCCCUGGCUGUCCUCUCCGCGAACUCUAUCUGGAUGAUUGUAUUGAUCUAAGUGAACAAGAUCUCUGUGAUCUUAUUCAUCAUUUACCUCAACUUCAAGUGGCGUCUGUCGCUUUUUCUUUUGUUCUCACCAAUACGGUUCUAGAUGCUUUCUCACAACUUGUACACUUGGAACGACUGAAUGUCUCUGGAAGCCGUCAAAUCACUGGAUCUGGGUUGCGUCAUCUCGUGGAUCAACGUCAAACAACACUCAAGAAACUACAACUCAACGACUGUACAAGCAUUCUGCCUGAUGCCAUUGAUUAUGCUCGAGCAAUUUUAGGACAAAGAGCAGUGGAAUGUUCUUUUGGCAAUCGACGACGACGAUGAUGAUUUGUUUAGAUUUAGUUUAGUGUAUAUAUCUUUC